CUUAGGGUUAUGCAAACACAGAAGAACCUCUAGGUAACUGUAUUCUCACCCUGAGUGAAACAACGACUGAAAAUGAAGAGAUUCUCCCAAGAACUACAAGGCUAAGAGCCUCUCUACGUCUUUUCUUCUCAAAAAAGCCACUAGUUCGUUCUGUGGCACUCAAACAGUUAAUGUUUCACUUGAUGGAAGAAGAAGAGUCCCAUCUGAAGCGUCCCCUUUUGCAUGGCAGCAUUCUCUCAAGUAUUUCUAACAUCCUUAUUGUGGAAAGGCCUAUUGAACUCAAGCUGGAUGACACAAGAGAAUCUGUUUUUAAGGCUGAGACAGUUGAAAAACUGUACAGUAUCUUUAUAUCGGACACCAUUGAUUUGACUUUGAGGAAGUCAGCAGCUGAGCAAUUAGUCAUAAUCAUGCAAGAUUCUAAAUUGCAUCCAAUUAUCAAAAAUAUGGGCGCAGUGGACAGAAUUCUUGCUUACUUUACUAAGUGUGUUGCUCAGAAUGGCAAGAUCAUGAACUGUAUGAUGUUGCCAUGUCUUGCGCUUUUGCGGAAACUUCUCUCUGCUGAUCCAGUCAAACGCCUGUUAUUGGCUUACCAGUCUUCUGUCUUGCUUGUGUUAUUUAGAGUUGCCUUGAUAUUCCAAGAUUAUGAUGCUAUCACGAGUGAAACAGCAGUAUUACUUUGUCUACUACUUUUUGAUGAAGCAGCAAGGAAAGAGAUGUGGGCUGAUACUGUUUCCUGUGAUCCUUCCAGCAUUUCCCACUUCACCUUGCCUGUUGCUGUUGUAAGGAGGUAUCAUCUACCUAUUAAACUCUCUGCACAUCAUGCUGUCAGUCCUAACUCAGUGGUGUUACCAUUUUCUUGUGAAUUCUGGGCUUCAAAACACGUGUCAGAUAUGCUAAAAAUGGCUUGGAACUUGUCUUGGUUCCAUGGAGCAGAUAAUUUAGUUGCACUUGCCAGUUAUGAGACAGCAGCAGAACAAUUUUCCAGCACUUUAAAGCUCUCCUCAGAAGAUAUUAAUAUCCUUAAGUUAACGUGUGCAACCUUCGGUCUGCAGGAUUGUUUUAAUGCCAUCACUCAAGCAGCAUCCCACAGGGAAGUUAGGGCUGCUGUCACAAAAAUGAUUUUUUAUAUUUUGAACGAUAGACUGGCAUUAAUGUGCAGCGGUAGUCCUGGUGGAGCCACUUUCAAAUCGUUGGCUUGGCAAACAGCAUUAAGCAGGUUUCUUCAAGUGCUUCCAGCGUCUUCAGAGGAUGAAAAACUUUUGGCUGAUGUCAUAUCUUUUUUAAACAAGUUUAUGAAAGAACAGAAGAAUAUUUCAGAGUUUGAGCACCUAAAAUGGAUCCUGGACGUGGCCCUGAAGCAUAAUCCAAAAUCUCUAUUAGAUCUUGUGGUACCACCAGAAUCUCCGGCCCAAGAUGAAGCUGAUGAGCUAAAGACAGCUGUAAGACAACAAUUGCAGAAAGAAUUGAUUGCUUUCUUUAAUACACUUCUACUCCGUUUCAUGUCUGUUACUGACAGGAAAGAUUUGGAACUUACUGGCUAUUUCCGAACAGAACUAGCUUUGAAGCUUCUGCAGUAUUUGCGAGUAACAGAUGCCCCUCAUUUCUAUGGAUUACCGUUUUUGGAAAGGACAUUAAAUAGUAUGGUUCAUGUCACAGCAUUGCCAGGCUGGAGUUCAUACUCUGUCACAGUGGAGCCAUUCAUGAUUUGCAAGAAAUAUUUAGCUGGGCUUCUUGAGGUCAUCUCAUCUUUUUAUGUUGAGUGGGGAGGCAAUGCCAUGUCUUUCAUGGGAAAAGGUGUUACCAAGAGUGCUGUCCUUUGUUUGCUUCACUUGUCCCAUGAAAUGAGUGUUCAGGCUCUAGAUGAGGAUUGGGUUUCUCUCUGGUUCUUGCCAUAUGAUAUCAGUGAAGAACAAGGUCAAUUUCGUCAAGGCUUAGCGUGGCUUAUUCCAUUAUGGGUAGAUAGAGACCCCGAGGUAAAGUUCACUUCACUUGCAAUAGGAUCAGCGCUUACGUCACUAGACAGGGGCUGCUUCGCUUUAGCAGAAAGUUGCCAGAACAUAUCAGGAGGAUUAUGGGGAACUGUAAUUAACAUCCUCCUGGAUAAAUCAGAAUGCAGCAUGGUGCGAAGAGAGGCUGCAUUUAUCCUUCAGAAUCUUUUAGUUAUCCCACUACCCACUGAAGAAGCUAAGGACUCCAAUUGGCAGGGGCCUUGUGUACAUGAUGAAGCAACUGGUCUAUCUCUGUCUGGAAAACCUGCGCUGCAGGCCUUGCUCUAUUAUUGCCACUUCUAUGAGCAUUUGAAUGAGAUGGUAAAGGUAUGCUACCUGGGUCGGUAUACAUUUGAUGUGGAUUUUUCCUUGGGAGAUCAGCUGGUAUCAACAAAGAAUGGCAUGAAUGACUUUGAAGAUUCUCUUUCUGCUUGGAGAGUCCAGAAUAGUGGGAACCAAUCUCCAAGUUCUCAGUCAACUACUGAUACUUGGAUAAUUUCAGCAUCACCAUCACCGGGAUGUGCUAUGGAAGUAGAAGCACCCUCUUCGCCAGCUGUUAGUCUGAUUCACGAUGCAUCAUUGAACCGACUCGUAACUCAAGGUCAGAGCGACAGAACCACAACUGCAUCUUCAAGUCCACAUGUUUUCCCAGAGUCUGUCAUUAGACCUAAUCAGUGUAUGGUAGUCACGCCUCCUCUCCUUUCAGCUGUGUGUGGUGUGUUGGACAACCUGCUUGUUGUUUCUCCAAAAGAGACUACAAUUGCUCUUCGGAGAGCAGAUACACUAAUUUCUCUCAGUAGUCUUGUAAAUUCUGGCUUGCUGGAGAGAUAUAUCUUUGAAAUGAAGGCUCCUCCAUCUUGGCCAUCUCAUAAGGAAUAUUCCAAAAUGCAGAUUUUAUUUCUACUGGAAUUUGUUUCAUCAUUUUCUCAACUGUUGAGGUCAUGUUUGUUGGUGGACACUCAUCUUGUGUUGCAAGAUGAUUUAUUGAAGCCUCUUUUGGAAAAGUUCUUCGUGAUUCUUUCCUUUAGCUCCAAGGACAGCAUAGGACCUGAAUUAUCAUCUGCAGUUCAUCGAACAUGGGAAGACCUACUUGUUUUUUUAGCUAUACUGUUAAGGAAAUGUGGUCAUAGUGCACUACCAUUUGUAUCUGUCGCGUUAGCAAAGCAUUGGGCUUCUGUAAUAGAUACACUAUGUGAAUGUAUCCAUCUUUCUACCAGAAAACCGAGUUUGUGUAUGGCCUCCUUAUAUUUCUUAGCCCUUCUUUUUGCUGAAGAAGGGAAAAGAGAGUUCAACAAUGAUGAGGACGCUUGCUAUCAGCCAACAGUGUCUUUCCUUCUUGAUGAAAAGAAGAACCAAUCAUCUGUAACCAAGCUUUGUGAAUUACUCAUUCAGACCUAUGAAGUAAACUCUUUUCAAGAUAUGGUAAAAAAAGUUUCUGCCAGUGCCUUGCUUCCCUUUUUAGCUGUUAGUAGAAGUGCCCAGAAAUGUGCCCUGGAAGCCAACCUCAUCGAGACUGGCUUGGAACAGAUGAAACAUGUUUAUACAGAACUGAAUCUAGCGUCCUUGAAGCUUGGAAAAGCAAUCCAAAGAAAAAAGGAAGACAACCUCAGCAGAGAAUUAAAACUUGCCAUGCAGCUCCUAAGAAAUUGUUUCUUUCGAAAUGAAGCCUGCAAAGCAGCAGCCCUUGGAACUCAUCUCAUUCCUAUUUUGCAUUCUUUGUGGCCUUGGCUUUUAAUGGACGAUUCCUUGAUGCAAGCAGCCUUGCAUUUGCUUUGUACCUACACUGCAAACUAUCCUUCAGGCUGUGCUUCCCUUUGCGUGGCAAGUAGCAGCUUGUGCUCUUUCCAGACAACGCAAAGAACGGCAGCUGGGAACCCACUUAUGCAUAACAUCAUGAAGUUAGCAACUCAAACUCUGUCUGAGAACGGCAUCAUUCAGCAGAUGACAUUUAAUCUUCUGGCAAACCUGGUUGUAUCUCAAGACUGCAGAGGUGUUCUUCAGAAGCACAAUUUUCUGCAGAAUUUUUUGUCGCUAUCAUUGCCAAAAGGAGGAAAUAAAAGCCUCAGCAUGCUGGCUAUUGCUUGGAUCAAACUCUUACUGAAUUUAUCAUUUGGAGAAGAUGGACAGCAAAUGAUCAUGAAAUUGAAUGGUGGCUUGGAUCAACUUAUAGAGAUGGCCAAAUAUAAACACCGAAACAACCCAGACAUGAUCCUUCUGAUUCUGCACAAUAUCUGCUUUAGUCCAGCCAACAAACCCAAGAUACUAGCAAAUGAUAAAGCUGUUGCGUUGCUAUCUGCCUGUCUGGAAAGUGAUAGCCUUGCAGCUCGGAGAAUAGGAGCAUCUGCAAUUUGGGCUUUGCUUCACAACUAUCAGAAGGCAAAAGUGACUUUGAAGAAUCCAUCGAUAAAAAGAAGGGUGGAUGAAGCUUUUAUGUCGGAAAAGAAAUGUCUUCAACAGCCACAAGAAAGUCAAGAAGAAACAUACCACAUAAAGUGCCUGGAAACACUUGUACAGCUUCUCAGCUCUUGAUAGACACCAUGUUAACAGAGGACACCUCACCUGGACUGGCUUUUCCAAAAAUCAUGAGAACUAAAAUGACAUAUUAAAUAUUAAAUCUCUUGUAUUGGAUUAUCUACUAAGAAAAGGAAAUUUUGCACAGUUUUCAACUUAAUAAUAGGAGAGAUCAAUCCGAAAAAUGUAUAGUAAAUAUCUCCAUGGAAGAGCUGUUCUAGCAUUAUGAUGUUACAGACAGAUGUAAGAAAGUAAUGAAGUAGCUAAUUGUAAAUUGUAAUUAUGUGAAUAUAUAUUUUUGCAAUGUUUGAGCUUGUA